AUGGUGUUGGUAAAGUGUGAUUGGGUAAGAACUAAGAAGCCUAACUAGUUGUCUGAUUUAGUUGUUCACUUAAAAAGAAGAAGAAAGAAACACACUUGUUUCCUUAUAUAUUCUUUCUUUAAAAACUUAAUCUUUUCCUCUUCUACCAUCUCCACAAAUUCCAAACAUCUCUCUCUCUCUCUCAAAACAAAACUAAAUUGCAGGAGAAGAAAGAGAGUCAUGAAUUGUGAAGAAAGCUCUGUAGAGGAUUGUUCUGAGUUCGUUGAGGUUGAUCCUUCUGGAAGAUAUGGAAGAUACGAUGAAAUACUUGGCAAAGGAGCUUCGAAGACAGUGUACAGAGCAUUUGAUGAGUAUGAAGGGAUAGAAGUGGCAUGGAACCAAGUAAAGCUUCGGAAUUUCACAAGGAACCCUGAGGAAUUAGAGAAGUUCUUCAGAGAGAUUCAUCUUCUCAAGACUUUGAAUCAUCAAAACAUUAUGAAGUUCUACACUUCUUGGGUUGAUACUAACAAUUUAGCAAUCAAUUUUGUUACUGAACUCUUCACCUCUGGUACUCUCAGACAGUAUAGGUUGAGACAUAGAAGGGUGAAUAUAAAAGCAGUGAAGCAAUGGUGCAAGCAGAUUUUAAAAGGGCUUCUUUAUCUUCAUAGUCGUUCUCCUCCAAUUAUUCAUAGAGAUCUCAAAUGUGAUAACAUCUUUAUUAAUGGGAACCAAGGUGAAGUCAAGAUUGGUGAUCUUGGACUCGCUGCGAUUCUUCGUAAAUCACAUGCUGUUCGUUGCGUUGGAACCCCUGAGUUCAUGGCUCCAGAAGUAUAUGAUGAGGAGUACAAUGAGUUGGUUGAUGUGUAUGCUUUUGGAAUGUGUGUGUUGGAGAUGGUCACUUUCGAUUACCCUUACAGCGAGUGCACUCACCCUGCUCAGAUCUACAAGAAAGUUACCUCGGGGAAAAAGCCUGAAGCUUUUUACUUAGUGAAGGACCCUGAGGUUCGUGAGUUUGUUGAGAAGUGUUUAGCUACUGUGACGUCUAGGCUUACUGCAUUGGAGCUUUUACAAGACCCUUUUCUACAAGAUGAUAAUGUUAAUGGAUUUGAUAUGAGACCCAUUGAUUACUAUAAUGGUUAUGAUGAAACUGGUGUGUUCCUUAGACAGCCUCUGAUUGAUGAUCCUCUUUACCAUGAUCAGUAUGAGUCGUCACAGAUAUGUGAGAUCGAUCUUUUCGCUAACGAUGAUGAGGACCAUGUUGACAUUUCGAUUAAAGGGAAGAGAAAUGAUAAUGAUGGGAUAUUCUUGAGGCUCAGAAUCUCUGAUGCAGAAGGAAGGAUAAGGAACAUUUACUUCCCGUUUGAGACUGCUAUUGAUACUGCAUGGAGUGUAGCAACAGAGAUGGUAUCAGAGCUGGACAUAACGAAUCAAGAUGUUGCGAAAAUCGCAGAGAUGAUCGAUGCAGAGAUUGCUGCAUUGGUCCCUGAUUGGAAAACUGAUACAGAAAGCUCCCUAAUUGUGAACAACAACAACAAGAACAACACUGAAGGAUUCUGUGGAGAUUGUGCUUCAAAUGGGUAUAUACAAGAGACUGUAUCAUCAGGAGAAGUAUCUCAUCAUCAUCAUCAUCAUCAUCAUCAUCAUCAUGAGUUUGAUAGUUCUGACGACAAGAGCUGUUCUUCAGUUCACGGUAGGUUUGCGGAUAUUUGGGGUUUGAGAGAAUCACAUUCUGAUGAUGGAGAAAAGCAGGGCUCAAGGAAGGUCAGAAGUGGGUGGUGGUCAGAGAAUGAGAUGAGGAGAGAACUUAGAUGGCUUAAGGCAAGGCAUAAGAUUCAGCUUAUGAGAAUGAGAGGUCAAACUCUAUGCGAGACACCAACAGAGAUCUCUGUUACCCCAGGAAUGGGAUACUCAGCUUCGCCUCCUCUUCUUUACAGAGCGAUAUCACUUCCUGUGGAUGCUGUGGAUAUAAUGUGACAUUGUAAAGUCUGAUUAUAGUUUAUCAACUUAUUCGUAUGUUUCGACAUUUUUUACAACUUUUGUUAAAAUUUUCUUUGAACCUUCAAA